AUGACUUCAAUAGGAACGAGCCGACCUCAGCUCAAGUCCAAGUUCAGCGAGACAUACACCGCCCUUCUGGAAGGCAAGCAGCCUUGGUUUCAGGACAGCGCUUCGAAUUCGAACUCAACCUCGUCGUUCGGAAACGAUGCUUCCGCUCGUCCAGCCGUCUCGCGCUCCAAGUCGACGGGCAAGUCCAACACAGGUCCUCGCUCACGCUACUUUGCCGAUCUGCUCUGCCUCCCGGUCGAGACACGCUUCGUCGCCCAGCAGCUCGACGCUAUCCCGCCAGAGACACUGCUCGACGACGAUUCACACAGCAAGGGCGCGCACAUCACUGACAACAUCGGAUCGCUAUGGAGGGAAGCCAUCCGCGUCUGGCGCGAGAGCGACGAGGACGAGGUGCGCAGAAGAAACGCGGUUGAUACCUUGGUAGCCCUCUCAUACCCCAUCCUCAACAAGCGCUUCUCGAACUACUCGUUCGAUAUCAUCACCAUCUUUGCCGGCGGCAUGGACGAAGCAGAUGAUGUUUUUACGCUGCUUGUCGAUUCGAUCGAUGAUACUCUCCGCGGAGGCGAUCUGGCAAGAGUGCGGAUCCCUUCGUCCGCUCGUGAUCCAGAUGACGACCGAGAGCAGGACCUUGCGCAGGCAAAGGCGAGAGAGUGGAUCGAUGCACAGGUGCAACAUCGCGCUCUACAAUUAGGUCUCUUGUGGCUGUCCUGCGUGGCCCAAACCUCGCUUGCAGCCUACUUUCUACGCCGCGACCUCUUUGUCACCGCUUCCACGUUCAUCUCGACUCCAGCGGGCUCGAGAUAUGCGUACGAAGGCGCCGUCUUUCUUGGCCUUCUCGCUACCAUUGGUCAGGGCGCAGCUGGCGGCGUGUCGCUCAAUGUCAGCACCUCGAAUCCCUACGCCCGCCGCUUCCGAGAUUGGGUCGACGAAGAUUGCAUGGCCAAGAUCCUGGUCGCGGCCUCGGCGGCCAUGGAUCAAAAUGUCCAACUGUAUCGAGAGGUGGUCGACGACUCGCCUCCGACUCUGGCAGGCAGCAUCGCCGGAAUCGCCAGCAUGCGUUGGGUCUCGGGCCUCGCUGAACUCGUUUCUUCGCCCACGACUCCUACAACUUCCGCGGCUCCACAUCGACGUUCCUCAGUGGCAUCCACUUUGAUCGGCGACUUUUCGCACCUGCCUUCGCCCAGCUGCGUCAUUCUCCUUCCGCUCUUCCUCCUCUCCAGAUCCAAUCAAGCGUUCACUUCGCUUAUUGUGGAUGUUGUCGAACCGGCAAACCCUCAAGACAUUUCAUCCCAGACGGUUCAAGGUGAUGCACGUGUCAGAGCUCGCAACGAGUCGUUCUGCCACCUGGUUUCGUUGGCAUCGUACCUCGCUACGCAUGCUUCUGUCUCGCCGCGUUCCGCCUCGUACUCGCGCAUCUCUCUUCUGUGCCUCCUCGUUCUUCUGUACGACCCUCGCGGUAGUCGCAACAUGCUAGCCGACACCAGCCAGUCUGCCCGCAUACUCCAAAGCGUCCGGCUCUGUCGUCAACGCGAGCCCGCCCUCGCUCUGCCGCGCACCAAGCGCACUCGACUCGUCACCGCCGUGCUGGACGCAGCCACGUGCUCGUUGCGCUACAACCUUAGCAAGCGCAUCGACACGGCCUCAUACCUGAUCAGCUUGAAGCUCAUCCAGCGUGUCGUGACGCUGUGCUCCGAUGAGUGUAUCCAGUUGGAAUACGACUGGCGGGAUUGCUGGAGUGCCGUGUUGGCGCUUGCAUCGUUCCUGGCUGCGCGAUUCUCGGAGAUCCGCUCGAGUCGCGAUCUAAGUGAGCUGAUCAAGGCGUUGAUGGCGACGCUGAAUACGAUCUUGCUGAAUUCCGACCGCUUUUUGGCGUCUACCAACGAGAUUAACCAUUACAUCUACGAGAUCGUGCGCUGUGCUGCGACGCUGCGCAAGAACGUGUUGCUGCUGGAUCAGCCCAGUAGAGAAGCGAGCACCGACGUCCAGCUCGGCGAUGCCUCUGCUCUACCCACCCCGCCAAAGCUUUACACUCAGGUGCCUGGGUGGAAGAACCUCGAACGCAUCAUCCAAGCCGUCGAGGGCAAGAUCGCCGAAUGGGCCAAUGCCAAAUCAAGCUCCAGGAAGAACAAAACCCCAGACAUCACCACCAUCAUCAAACUCAUCGCCAGCAUCGACCGCGAACACCUCCUCGCCGGCGCCACCGAAGACAGCCACAAGUCGAGCAGCAUCAGAAACGGAUCCGCGCCACUCGGUCCAACGGGAAUCAUGCACCACGACCUCGAAUGGCUCGAUCGCAUCCAGGAACAGUGUCUGCCCGAAUUCGUGCGGCAUGCCUGCGCAGACGUCUUGCGCAUUUUGCCCGUUUACUGA